AAUUACGGUGAAUACAAGAAGCAGUUUGUAUCUUAAGCAGGGUUUUGUUUACCUUUAAAAGCAGCAUUAUCCAAGAUGGAAAGCUUCCCUAGCUGUCACAGACUGAUUUUACUACUUAUUAUUUGCUCUACGUUAGUUACAGGAGAGUUGGAACUGUCAAGCCCAAGUAACGGUAGCGUCAUAGAAAUCUGCGAGACAACGGAAAUAAAGGAAGUGAUUGCAAACCUUUCUGCGAGCUUCGAUGCAUGGACUACCGGUUUCGUGUUCAACCUCACCGACACGAUGAACAAAUUUACAACAGAAAACGACACAAUUAUUGUUGUUUCGGAUUUAGACGUUGACGUUGAAACACCCGGAACUUCCUACGUACUUGUAAUCGAACUUUCGCAUCCAAACAGUCCCCAAACAGUUUCUACUACAAUCACCAUAAGUGUGGAGGAUGAUAAUGACAAUGCACCUGAAUUUGGCAGUCACAACUACACGUUCAACAUAAGCGAAAAGUCUACAGCAUCACCUGUCAUUGGAACAAUAUCUGCUACGGACAAAGACAGCACGUCACAAAACAACAUGAUCGCAAACUACACAGUCAUUGGAGCGGCCGAAUUCAAAAUAUCUUCGGAGGGAGAGUUGAGUGUCUCAUCCGGUACAACAUUUGAUUACACCACUACACCGAAUUAUACUUUCAUUGUCAUGGCAACUGAUGGUGGGCUAGACGAUAUGGAAAUGUCAACAAAUGUGUCUGUCACUGUGAACAUAGAAACAGAGCCAGAGUUUCAGACCCCUACCCAAGUAAAGAUAAUGGAAGAUAUUGAUUCCGGUGUAAAUGUGUCUAGAUUAAUGGCCACGGACGAGGAUAAAAGUGGGGACCUGGUUUUUGCUCUUGUCAAAGAGGAUUAUCGGUUUGUAGUUGAGGAUGGUGUUUUGAAAACGUCCACCAGCGUUAAUUCUUCUUCUUUCGAUGUUGAUCUUGCCGAUGUACUAGACAGCGUGGACUUAAGUUUCAAUGUCACAGACGGGAAAUAUUCAGACGAAUUAACAUUCAGUGUGAAAAUACAAGACUUGAAUGAUAACUUGCCAGAGUUUAGUGAACCAUCAUAUAAUAUUACAGUCUAUGAAAAAGCGUCAACAGACGAUACGGUCCUCACGUUAAGUAUUACGGACAAGGACCGAACCAGCGCUUUCAAUAAUAUUUCUACCAGCAUCCCAGAUACAGCAGACGUUCCGUUCAAAAUGGUUAAUUUUGAUGUAGUCGUAAAGUCCGGAGAGAGUCUGAAUUACACAGAGAAAACCAACUACACGUUCAACGUUGUUGCAACAAGCGGCAGUGGCACUAGUCGCAAUUCAGCAACGGCGGCAAUUUCAGUGACAGUGGAAUCAGGGCCAGAGUUUCAGGCCCCUGCCCUAGUAGAGAUAAUGGAAAAUAUUGGUCCCGGUAAAAAUGUAUAUACCUUAAUGGCAACGGACAAGGAUAGAAGUGGGGACCUGGUUUUUGCUCUUGUUACAGAGGACCAUCGGUUUGUAGUUGAGGAUGGUGUUUUGAAAACGUCAACCAGCGUAAAUUCUUCUACUUUCGAUGCUGAUCCUCCCGUUGGGACAGACAGCCUAAAACUAAGUUUCAACGUAACGGACGGGAAAUAUUCAGACGAAUUAACUUUUGAUGUGGAAAUACAGGAUGUGAAUGAUAACUCACCAGAGUUUAGUGAACCAUCAUAUAAUAUCACAGUCUAUGAAAAAGCGUCAACAGGCGAUACGGUCCUCACGUUAAGUAUUACGGACAAGGACCGGACAAGCGCUUUCAAUAAUAUUUUUAACGACAUCCCAGAUACAGAUGUUCCGUUCAAAAUGGUUAACUUUGAUGUAGAAGUAAAGUCCGGAGAGAGUCUGAAUUACACAGAGAAAACCAACUACACGUUUGACGUUGUUGCAACAAGCGGCAGUGGCACUAGUCGCAAUUCAGCAACGGCGACAGUUUCAGUGGCAAUAGAAUCAGGUCCCAGAUUCAGUAAGCUUUACGUAAAUACCACUGUUGAUAUAUCUGAAAACGUAACUGUUGGAACAUCAGUGUUUAUGGUCGAAGCAAGAGACCCUGACAACCUUCCAAGUCCAAACCUAAAUUACACAGUGGUCGAACAUUCUUCCGAUGUAUUUACUUUUGAUGGAAACACGUUGACAAUUGGCGAGACACUAGAUGCUGACACGGUACAGUCGCAUACUGUAGUGUUCAGUGUAUCGGAUGGCAAAUACACAACAAAUAGUUCAACAUUGACGAUAAAUGUUGUGGAUGUGAACGACAACUCUCCAGAGUUUCAGAAUGAUACAUAUAGCAAGCUAAUAAAUGAGAAUCACCUGAUUGACACUGAGAUUUUGACUGUAAUGGCCGCAGAUAAUGACGCCACAGCGCCGUUUAAUACCAUAGGUUACUCCAUCACAGCGGGCGACGACCAAGAAGUUUUCGCUAUAAGUGCCUUGACAGGGGAGAUUACCCUUCAUGACAAGCCUCUCUUGUCGACCUACACUCUGAUUGUAACAGCAACUGAUGGAGGACAGCCUCCAAACAGCGCAAAUGUAACGGUCACGGUGACAGUUUCUGACGAUGUUGUCGAUGAGUGUGUUUCGAGCCCAUGUGGCGAGAAUGCACAAGCUUGUAACCCCCUUCUCAACGAUUUCAAGUGUGUAUGCAAACAUGGAUGGACUGGUCAGUUAUGCCAAACUAAUAUCGACGAAUGUGAUGGAAAAGUAUGUGGUAACGGCGGUGACUGUGUAGACGGUAUUGCCAUGCACACCUGUAACUGCAGUCAUGGGUGGCAAGGGGAGAACUGUACAGAUGCUUGCGGCGGGAACAAGUACGGCCGCAAUUGUGAGCAUACAUGUAGCUGUAACUCAUCUCGUCUGUUGGACCCUGAGGCAAUUCAGACCUGCAGCAUUUCCACGGGCCACUGCCACUGUGUUUCUAAUUGGAUGGGCAUGGACUGUAGUGUUGACGUGGACGAAUGUACGAGCUCCGCCUCACUUUGUGACAGCACGAAACAGGAAGUUUGCGAGAACAGCAUUGGGAAUUAUAGCUGUGUUUGUGAACGUGGUUAUUCGCGCACAGUUGACACUGCCGUUUGUACGAAAGACACUCCGUCUACAUUGGAAACAAAUUCGAAUCAGUAUGUGGUGAACAUUUCUGUUGAAAUCAGUCCUACAGCUAGUCAAGGGUGCACGGUAAAUCAACUAAAGAUUCCAUCGAUAUACGAAGAAGUUGCGAUGAAAGCUAAACAAAUGCUAUCCAGGGGCGCCCCCACAGGAAAGCAGAUUAACAUCAGGGACAUAAGGUGUGGUUCCUAUAUCAUCGAUGCACAAAUUGCCAUCAAUAACAACAACGCAGAAAAAGCAAGUUUAAGCGUCGAGCUUCAGAAACUGGGAGAAGGGCGUGAUGUAACAUUCGGCGACGAAACUUUGCAGUUGGACGAGAUAACAAUUGAUGAAAGGAACUUAACCCAAACAUCAACUAGUGGAACUUAUAACGAAAGACUCUGUGCGGUUUUCACCACUGUCAGUCCGUGUCCCAGUGGACAGAUCUGUUCCGUAGAAAAUGAGUCCCCAAGAUGCAGAGAUGAUAUUAAAGACAACCUGCCGCUGAUUCUAGGCCUCGGUUUGGGAGUGCCGCUACCACUUUUGUGUGUUGUCACCGUUCUUGCCGUUGUGGUGUACUCAAGAAGCAGGAAAGGGGACAGCAGACAUUCAGGAGCAAAACAAGGUAACCUGCCCUGGCAAGAGUCAUUUCCGGUUUCAAAUUUCACGGGAAUUCCACGGGCGCCGUCGUCACGCAUGGACAGUCGUAAUGAAUCAUCCGUAGGACCACGGAAACUCCCGAGAUAUGAAAUCGGCCAGCAAGAAGAAAUUUCAUACAAUCCGCUCGGCUCAUACGGCAAUGCCGGAUUCUCAAAGACCAUGCCCGCUUCUAUGGAUAGUUACGACAUGAAACCGUUACACAUGAAACCCUUCCAUUGAUAGAUAUGUUUUACUUAACAUGCAAUUGCUUUCUUCAUAGUGUUUAUUCUACAGCAUAAUUAUCUUCAUAAUUUAAUUGUUACAGAAUAAGCUUUGUUCAGGAACAUUCCGUUUGCUACAAAUCUGUGUUUGCUCAUACUUCUAUAUUAACAUACAUGUAUACAGAUUCGAGAUAUAUUUUUACACUCAGUACCCAAAAUUAUUUAUAAAAUAUAUAUAGGUAUCAUACAUUAAUAUCAUAACGAGGUGUUUAACUCGUACACGAAAUCAAACUAGAAAUAACAUUGAAUUAAGAUAAUGACAACAGUUAUUAUUUAUUACUACGAAAUAGUAAAAAAGUUUACUUUAUAUAAAAGAUCUAAAGAAUAUGUAUAUACUAUAUUGUCACUAAAAUCUGCAGUGAGAUAUAGCACAAUGUGUUUACAAUAUGUUCGUAUUUUACACUCACGAAUAAGUUGCAAUUUGCAUAAUAUCAUGUUUUUUUUAACGAUACCUAUUCAUUGCACCAUAUAUAAUUUGUGCACUGGUUUCAAAUCAUAGUUUGCCAUUUUAACGUCCUGUAGAAGCAUCAGAUCAUGUUUUGUUUUUUUGUAAUUUUGUAAGCUUGAUUGUGUCAUUAUCCUAGUAUAAGUAUGCAUGUAUAUAUUUUAUCAAUAUUCAAAAAUCAUUUUAUAUAAACUAUGUGUGAAUGUAUAUAUGUUGGCUGGUAUACAGUGGAAUUUAUGGGGAACAAGGCAGGCACAGCAUUGGUGUUCAUUUCCAUGUUCCAAACACUUUGAGAACAUCCGUCGUGUAGUUUGUUUUGUCUGUUUGUACAUCCAAUAACGACACACUGCUUUCCACUACGUCGUUGAUAGGGAAUUAUUACAGUCUAUUGUUUUCCAUAAUAACCGAAAGAUAUGGGAAAUAACCAGCACUUCCUGUUUUGUUAUGGAAAUGCCUUCAUUCAGCGUCGUAAUGGCCGACUUGGAGACUAUUCAGGGGAAGUAAUUCGGAAGUUAUUUAUUACGGGGGUUGUCUAAAUUGGGGAGUAUUUGUUUUAGCCAAAGGCCAUCUUCAACGAGAGUUGUUCAAUUGUCGUAAGUUUAAUUUUUACGCACAUCAAAUAAUAAGGCGUCACAAGGAUUCCAAAAUCAACUUACCAUAACCGACCAAUACGCUGCAUGGAAUCAAUGAGGCGCGGAAAUGAAAGCCUGUCCGUAUAUAUUUCGCAGAGUCUCAGUGAUUCCAUUCAAUGUUUUGUCCUUAUGCUUUGAGAGGCCAAAGAAAACAUGUAUUUUUAAAUGAUGUGUAUUUAUUCUGAUAUUCAAAAGAAGUCAAUAUAAAGGUAAUUUAUUUUUUAUUGAAAUAUCAAUACACUCCAGGGGUUUCACUCUUCAAACGGACAAUUUAUGGCCCUAUGUGAAAGCAAUUAACUUCAUAGAAGAUUUAAAAUGUAUUAAUAAUAAUACUAACUUUGAAAUCAUACAAUAGAUUAUGAACAUGAGUGCAUUAUUGUAUUGUAUCAUAUUUCUACAUUCAAGAUCAACGUUAAUGCUUUGAUUGUUCAUGUUGUGCAUCCCUUGCCGAAAUAAAUGUAUCUAUCUA